AUGUCCCAUUCUAUCCGAGGCAAAACAGCCAUUGUUACUGGCGCUGGCAGUGGCAUCAACCUCGCAUUUGCGGAACAGCUUUUGAUAGGCGGAUGCAAUGUUCUUUUUGCCGACCUCGCUCUGCGACCUGAAGCUCAGAAGCUGGUGGACGCUUAUUCAGGCGGAGCUGCAAGCACAAGCCGAGCUGUUUUCCAGCAGACUGAUGUGACUAACUGGCCUCAUCUUGAGCGAAUGUUCGAAAGGGCAGAAGAGGAAUUCGGCGACAUUGACAUCGUCUGCCCUGGCGCUGGAGUUUACGAACCGAGCUUUAGCAGCUUUUGGUAUCCUCCUGGAACCCCACAAAGCAAAGAUGCCCUCCACGGCGGUCGCUAUGCCAGUAUCGAUAUCAACUUGGUUCAUCCUAUCAGGACCACUCAAUUGGCGCUGUCUCGUUUCUUGAGAUACGAAAAGAAACCUCGCACAAUUGUAAUUAUCUCGAGUACCAACGCCCAAGACACCUGCUUGUCCACUGCGAUUUAUGAUGCGACAAAACAUGCGAUUAGUGGAUUCGUGCGCGCGAUGGCCAAGAUCGACCAAGUUGGCGUCCGUAUUGCGGCAGUCGCACCAGGCAUCAUCAAGACGCCUCUCUUCAUGGAGAAUCCAGAUAAACUUGCGAUGAUCGAUACUAACAAGGAUGUUCUGGUUGAGCCCUCUGAGGUCGCGAGUGUCAUGGUCGCCUUGAUUGAGAGGGACAGCAUCUGCUCGACCAUUGACCAAGCGAGAACUGGACCACAAGACAUCGAGAUCAAGAGCGGGUCAAUCAUUGAAGUGACCAAGAACCGAGCUCGUGUUGUCAAUGCAUAUCAUGAUCCGGGUCCCUCGGGUGCUGGGGCAGUUGGCUCCAACUUUGCCACUUCGGAGUACACUACGUUGGACUUACUCUUGAAGCCAGGAUGGGGAGAACCUAGUGUAAAGGACAACAGCAACCUUUGA